AGCUCAACGUGACCGAGCAGCCAGCAGCGCAGUUCGGCGGAGAAAUGCUUUUACAAGUCCAAGCGAAGUUUGUUAAGCUCAAUUGCGAUUCGGCGUUCUAUCGAAGCGGUUGUGCUAGCUCUCGCAAAGCAAACACAGAUACAAAGAUACAAAGAACAUAUACAAGGCAAAAUCCGAUCGGAUCGAGAUAAGAGUUCCGUUUUUCGUUCGGUCGUUUCGAGAAUUCGUUUAAAAGCAUUUCGGCCAAGUGCACUAACCGCAGAAUCGGCGCGCUAGCCAACAAAGCCACAAGAACCAUUUGAAGAAAGUCUCCCAAAAAAAUGAGAGCACAUAAAAAGUGAUUCUAAAAGUGAUUAAUUAUCAAGUUGAAAAAUAUUAUUGAAAAAAUAAAUUUUAAAAAAAACAUACAUUUCGCUUAAUGAACGUCAUGCCAAAAGCGUAAAAAUAAACAUUAUGUCGAUUGUCUGCACGCUGGAGCAAAAAGUGAACUUUUUCAAGGCGGCUGCAACGACCAAGAAUCUGUUGAUACUCAAAAAUAGUACGGAUACCAAUUACCAGGAUAACACCAACUCCAACAGCAACAACAAGCAGAUACAACUUCCCCGCGUCCAGCAGCAUCACAGCAACAACAGCGGUAGCAACCUGCACCAGCAACACCAGCAACACUUGCAGCAGACACUCGCCCAGUUGCAGCACAUCAGCCAGCAGAAGCUAAACGCCGGUGACUUUAGUCCUUACGGACCACGCCCUCAUACCGGAGGCAAGGAGGAGUCGCUUCUGUUGCUGGCACCGCCAGCCAAGCUUUAUCCGGAGGCAGCAGUGGCAACAGCAAUGCCCGAGGUGCUCAGCGCCACGCCCACUAAUAGCCACAACAAAGCCAUCGCCAGCGCCUCGAUCGCCAUGAUGAACAAUGUCCGCUUAACCAACAUCUCGCCGACGCUGUCGAUGAACGGCAGCUCCAACGAGGCCACUAAUUUGCAUCCCCUGUCCAUGUACGGAGGUUCCAUUAGUCCGCAGUCCAAUGACAGCGGCAUGUCCGACAGCAUGGGCAAGUUUGCCCCCAGGAACGGCUACGACGACAACAUGAUGGGCAAAUCACAGAACGGCAAUGGACCCCAGUCGGCCAUGACAGCCGCCCAAAAAGAGCUCUUCUCACAGCGGAAGCAGCGCGAAUUCACACCUGAUAACAAAAAGGACGAGAGCUACUGGGAUCGGCGGAGACGCAACAAUGAGGCGGCCAAGCGAAGCCGAGAGAAGCGACGCUACAACGACAUGGUCCUCGAGCAGCGCGUCAUCGAGCUGACCAAGGAGAACCAUGUGCUGAAGGCCCAACUGGAUGCCAUUCGCGACAAAUUCAACAUCUCUGGCGAAAACCUGGUCAGCGUGGAGAAGAUCCUGGCCUCGUUGCCCACCAGCGAGCAGGUGCUAAGCAACACCAAGCGCGCCAAGAUUAGCAGCAGCGGUGGUUCCUCCUCGGGAUCCUCGCCCUCAAACAGUGGCUCCGGUGGUGGCUCAUCUCCGGGUGGCCACAGUCAUAGUGGUUACCCCGUGGGACCGCCACUCUCUCCGCUGAUCUAUGGACCCAACGCCAAUGCCCGGCAGGAGGCUACAGUGAAGAGUGUGCAUCACAUACAGCAUGCGGGUGCCCCGCUUCAGGUGCCUCCAACACCACCGCACAUGCAGACCUUAAUUGUGCCCACGCCCCAGCCCCAGCAGCAUCUCUACCAGCCACAGAUCCCGCAACAGCAGCAUCAGCUCCCUCCUCACCAGCCACAGCACCCGCAGCAACAGCAGUCGCAGCAGCAACAGGAGCCCAGUCCAAGUGCUGGGUCAAGUUCGCCAGCCGUCUCCGAUCCGCACAACCGUCCGCCCACCAGCACCAUCGCCAAUCUCCAGGUGCAGCUCCAGCAGGCGCUGAACAGGAAUGUGCGACCCGAGGAUUUGGAUAGUCUGCGCAAAGCGGUGGCCGCCGGAGCCCUCUACAAUGCGGCGGCUGUUGUGGGAGCCGCAGCUGCUGCUCCUCCACCGCCACCACCCGCUGGAUUAUAUGUCCCAACGCCCAGCGCCUACAAGGAUCACCUGGAGGCGGCGGCAGCUGGCUCCCCCUGGAGUCACAGCGUCGAGGCUGCCGUGAGCAGCAGUGCCGUGGAUGCGGUCAGCAGCUCAUCGGUGGCCGGCAGUGCGGCCAGCGUGCUGAAUCUAUCACGGCGGGCGUGCUCACCCAGCUACGAGCACAUGCUCUCCUCGACCACCUCCUCCUCCGCCCUAUCCUCCGCCUCCUCUUCGGGUGCCGUCUCGGGAGACGAUGAGCAGGAGCACGAACCAGCGCACUUGGCUCCUCUGCAGCUCCAAAGGAGCAGUUCCCAGCAGGGCAGCGAUGCCAACAACUGCUUGCCGCUGAAGCUACGCCACAAAUCCCAUCUGGGAGACAAGGAUGCGGCGGCCACGGCUCUGCUCUCGCUGCAGCACAUCAAGCAGGAGCCCAACUGCAACAGGGCAUCACCGCCGGCUUGGAACGAUGGCGGUGACAACUCCAGCGAUGAACGCGAUUCUGGGAUCUCUAUUGCCAGUGCCGAGUGGACGGCGCAGCUGCAACGCAAGCUGCUGGCCCCCAAGGAAGCCACCAAUGUGGUGUCCAGUGCCGAGCGCGAUCAGAUGCUCAAGUCGCAGCUGGAGCGCCUGGAGUCCGAGGUGGCCAGCAUCAAGAUGAUACUGGCAGAGUAACUCGGCUUGGAGUGGCGAAUUCGCAGGAGCUGGAGCUGGAGCAGGAGAGAGAGCGAAGAGACAGAGAGACUUUGAAGGGAUCAAAGUAGCAGGAGCGGAGAGUACAGAGUUGAGAGUUCCAUGGCGCCAGUACACACACACACAAGUUUUAAACAUAAGCUUAAGAGUAUAUAUAUAAAUAUGGGAGUCCAAAAAGAGUGUUAACUAUUAGAUAUCGAUGAAUGCUUGUCCCUAUCUCUAUGUAUAACCUGGCUUAGACGUAUAUCUAUCCACUGUAUUGAGUCUUGUAUCUUGUAUCUAUUUAUAUGUGUAUGUUUAACUAUAUAGAUCUCGUCGAACUCGGAGCUAAAAAAUCCUUAGGGUCACCCACCCACAAGUAGAAUUUCAUAUUUAACCUCUAUUUGCAUAGCUAUUCACAUCCGGUGACCUCUUGUAUGCAUCCCAAGUUUCCUUAGCACAGCGGAGAAAGAAGUUAAGUUACUGUACAUAUUACACAAUUAAUAUUACUUACUAUAUAUAUAUAUAUAUUAUAUAUAUAACCAUACGUAUUCCUAUCGUGUACAUAAUUUUAGUUGCAAGCUAAACUUAUUAUUAUUAUAUUAAAUUAGUAAAGCAAACAUAUACUUUAUAUUUAAGGAAAGAGUAAAGCACAUAAAAAAAUGAAAAAAGUGAGAGACGAAAUAAAUCUGAGAAGAAUUAAAAAAUA